AUGCUAGUCUACUGUACCAAAGCAGGAGUAAAGGUGACCAAACCAUUAAAUGUGUCACCCAAUUAUCCCACGGCCCAAAUUCCAGCCCAUGCGGAGGCAGAUGAAUGGACUUCUGCGAGAGUUCCAAAGUAUGAUCAGACCGACCUGUACUUCUUCCAUGAACCCUGCUGGCAGCGCCUUCUGGAGCACUUUAGCCCCCAGGAAUUUGACCUGAGUCGUAUCUUUGAGGCGUUGGAACACCUGCCAUUACCCCCAGCUUUGAAUCUCAUAGACAUGGUGCCCGAUGAUGAACCGGUCGAUACCGUGCUAGACGCAGUUGAUGGGAAAUUUCAAGGUCAUCUGGAUCAUCCCAACCUGGAUGAUCUUAGGCGCUUUGCGAGAGCACCUCCCAGACCCUGGUGUCCAGUGCUGCGUUCUUCUCCGCUCGCGAAACACCAUUUCGAUAGUCUGCCUUUAGAGAUAAUUGAAAUGAUUGCCGUCAUGCUGCCCACGCGGGACGUACUGAGCCUUCGCCAGGUAUCGCGCGGUGUAGCACCGAUCUUUGCAAGCUCAAAUUUCUGGAAGACUAGGUUUUAUCUGAACGAAGAGCGCGGGUUUCUUUGGCCUGCCGUAAGGGACUUCAUGGGCGCAGCAAAUCCACAAGAAGAAAUCGACUGGAGGCUUCUUUACCACUCUACUAGCCAGCUUAACUGCAGUACUUGGCUUCUCUUGGAGAGAAAAAUUUGGGAAGCGCUUCGUUGGCUUCGCGAUACUGCCUUGGCCCUGGCCUACGGCACACCUCGUCCGCCAGACUACCGCGGUAUGGCCUUACAUCACUAUCAUAACACACUCAUCCGAGGUACACACCUUGAGACGGUGAACAUUGAUUCGCCAGUCAGGCAGGUCGCAAUCUCCGCGCAUAGCGAUAUCAGUCCCGUGCACGUCACAGGGUUAGAAUUCUUCUUCAAAGAUAGACCAAAGGCCUCGUUGGACUACACACUGCUCGGGGCCAAGGAGAUGUCUGGGGAGGAGUAUAGAGAUGAUGAAUCUGUGCAGGAAUAUCUAGAGUAUCCUGGUAUUAGGGUUACUGUUGACCUUGAGGAGUUGCGGGGAAUUAUCGCGUUGCCGACUUCUAGUGGGAUUCAAAGUGUGCUAUUAGUGCCAUCUUUCCCUAAGCCGAAAGAUCUCCAGAAUCGAUAUGUUUAUUCUGUGGGCCACACGAACACGCAGAUGCGUGCGUCUGAUGUGUCGCCCGCUCAAACCCUGGAACAGAUCACACAGGUGGUUGCGGUCCUAGAUGUGAGUACAUACGAAUCUCCAUCACCCUCCAUUGCUUUCUAA